AUGGCGGGUCUCCUGAAGAAACAGUUUAAGGAUGCGGUGAAGGUGAUCAGCUCCGGAGGUCUUUUGUUUGCCUCGUAUCUCACUGUUGUUGGAGAUGAGGCUUUUUAUGCCAACCAGUUGAUGCCUCUGCUACAAAGGAUUGUGGGAGCAGAGACUGCCCAUGUUCUUGCUGUGAAAAUGAUUGGCUUGGGUCUGGUCCCCUUAAAUCGCUAUCAGGACCCCCCGUUGCUACAAACGCAUGUCUUUGGGUUAAAUUUCAAAAACCCCAUCGGCAUUGCUGCAGGCUUUGAUAAGCACGGGGAGGCUGUGGAUGGACUCUACAAAAUUGGCUUUGGGUUUGUAGAAGUGGGGUCCAUAACACCAAAACCUCAAGAGGGAAACGCCAAACCACGUGUGUUUCGACUAACAACUGACCAAGCCAUUAUAAACAGAUAUGGAUUUAAUAGUUGUGGAAUUAGUGAAGCCCAGCAAAGACUCGAGGCCAGAGAAAAAACACAAACGGAGCAGACUAAAGCUGGCCACCCUCUCGGCGUAAACCUGGGCAAGAACAAGCUUUCCCUGGACGCAGCGGCCGAUUAUCAGGAGGGAGUGAAGGCUCUGGGACCUCUGGCUGACUAUUUGGUGGUGAAUGUGAGCAGCCCCAACACACCAGGACUCCGAAACCUGCAAGGAAAAAAUGAGUUGCGUCAGCUCCUCAGCACAGUGCUGAAAGAGCGGAACGCCCUGCAGAGAGAACACAAGCCACCGGUCUUGGUCAAAAUUGCCCCUGACCUCAGCACUCAGGACAAACAUGAUAUCGCUGAUGUAGUCACAGAGCUGGGUGUUGAUGGUUUGAUGGUCUCCAACACAACAGUGACCAGACCAGAGAGUCUUCAGGACGCACAGCGCACUGAGAGUGGGGGCCUCAGCGGUCAGCCUCUGAAGGACCUCUCUACACAAACAGUGGGAGAGAUGUUCUGCCUGACCAAAGGGAAAGUGCCCAUCAUUGGUAUCGGUGGCGUGGCAAGUGGGCAGGAUGCAUUGGAUAAAAUCCGUGCAGGUGCUUCUCUGGUUCAGCUUUAUACGGCUUUUGCUUAUCAGGGUCCCCCUAUUGUGAAAAAGAUAAAGCGGGAACUGGAACAACUUCUUCAGGAGCAGGGCUUCAGCAGUGUGGCAGAGGCCGUGGGAGUGGAUCACCAAACAUCGACUCAUAGGCAAACCAUUGUGUUUAAGGAAACAUUUUCAAUUAAAAAGAACACUGCAGAAAUGACAGCUGCUACUGACCAACAAAAAACAUGA